AUGGCGGAAGUUCCUUCAGAUCUGAUGAAUUAUUCGUAUGAUCCUUCCGCUCCAUUGCCUACAGGGAAAGAAUCGAGAGAUCACGUAAUAAGCAAAGGGCCAUGCCAGCCAAAGAAUAUUUCUUUUCCGGAAGACAAGCGAAAACGAAAAUUCUCAUCAUCUCAUUCGCAUCUUGGUACGAUAAAUUUAAGUGGCUGGAAUAUUCAGCGGCUAAGAAUAAAGCAUUUUGUUUCUAUUGUAGAGUCUUUAAUUCCCAGGUAUUAAAACGUUUAGUACAUUAGUGAUCGUGUAUUAUAAGUUGUUUAGCUGAAUUUGUCAAUGUAUGACAUUAGUUUCCAAACAUUCUCAUUUUUUCAAAUGGGGAAAAAUAAUCUACUCAGUUUGUCUAUAAAUGGCUGCAUGGCUAUAUAUAAUGUGUUUAGGUUGCAUCAAAAGGUGACCCAGCCUUCAUAAAGGUUGGAUUUGGAAAUUGGAAGAAAAGCGAAGUUUUCUCGAAGCAUGAAAAAUCAGAUUGCCAUCGGCAUUCCAGCCAAGCAUAUCGUCAAUGGAAAUAUCAAAAACCAGUGGAUCACCAAAUUAGUGAAGAAGCGGCGAAGCAAGAAUCGUAUCGCCAGCAAUUGGUUAGACAUGCAAGAGAUGUAUAAAUAUUUGUACAAACAUGUUUACCUGAUAUUUCAAACUUAAAGGCCUGAGGUACUACCUUCUCGAUUAAGAUAUUGACAUGUUGCACAUGAAUUAUGUUUUAGGUGAGAACAAAUAGAAGUGUCAUUGGCAAAAUAUUUGAUGUCGUUCGAACUGUUGGCAAGCUGAACUUGCCUUUCAGAGGGCGUCGUGAGGAUGAGCAAUCAAUGAAUAAGGGUGUAUUUAAAGAAUUUAUUACUCAUAUUGCUAAAAGCGACAUAGUGUUACAGAAUCAUUUAACUACCUCUCCUGGUAAUGUAAAUAAAUUCCAUAAUUUUUGCAUUUUUAUACCAACUACUCCUAUAACUAAUGACUUUAUUGACUUGAUACAUAAACAUACAUACAUAAUACUUUAUUACUUGAUGCUUGGUUAAUUUGUAGACAAUACAAAAUACACCUCGCCUGAAAUUCAAAAUCAGAUGAUAGCAAUUCUUGGCUCUAGCAUUUUGGAUGAAAUUUAUACGACGAGUUAAAGAGGCAAAGUUUUAUGCAAUAAUUGCCGAUGAAACACUGGAUAUGAGCCAAACUGAACAGUUGUCAUUGCUUGUACGAUUUGUUUGGAAUGGCGAAGUUGAGGAACGUUUGCUGGCGAUGAUGUCGAUGAAUGAAACAAUAGCAGAAGCUCUUUUUGAGGCUGUCACCCAAAAGCUACAGCAACAUGGAAUAGAUGUUGCUCACUUGCGUGGACAGUGUUACGACGGUGCAAACAAUGUAGCAGGAGUGCACACUGGCUUGCAAGCACGAAUCAAAGAGGUUUCACCUUCUGCUCUCUUGACUCAUUGCUAUGCACAUAUUCUCAACCUUGUCAUUGUGGACACUAUGAGCAAAAACAAGAUUGCCCGAGAUUUCUUUGGAACGUUACAGAACUUGUAUGUCUUUAUCCAGUCUUGCCCAAAGCGACAUAGUGCUUAUGUGAAGAAUUAG